AUGAGACACAUUAAAUAUUUAGAAAUAGAAGAGUUCUCAGAAGAUAAAACCUAUUUGAGCAAGAAAAAUUUGCUCAAUUAGCUAAGUUUAUAAUUAAAUAUUGAUUUUUAACUUUUUGAUGAUAAUAUAUUUAAAGAAAGCUAGGAAAAUAUUUCACUUUAAUAAAUAGGAUCAACCAUUCAAGAAAAUUAAUUAUCUAUAUUUCCAACUUACAUAAAAGAUUGUUAAAGAAAUUAAGGAUAACCUACAUAUAUUAAAAUAGAUUCAAGAAAUAAUUUAGAAAGCUAAUCAUAGACAAAUAUUUAGGAUUAGACAACAAAUACUAACAUCGAAAUACCAAGAGAAGAUUUUACGAACCUAAAAAGCAAAGCUUUAAAUGAUAGUAAUUUCUAACAAGUUAAUUCAGCUUCAAAAUAGAGUUAAUUUGAGUAAAAUAGCGAGUUUUUAACUUCAAGGUAGGAAUUACACAGCUUUCAGCAUUUGUUUUGCUAAUCUAAUAAACUUAUAAAUACUCAAUCUCAUAUAAAUCUUAAUAGCCUUAACUAGAUUGGUUCCUCAACAUUUGAUAAAAGUUAAGAUAAUUCAAAUAUAAAACAGAAAAGUAUCUUAAAGACUUCUUUUAUUUCAUAAUAGCCAUAGAUAAGAUAAGCAAAUAAAAUUCAUAAUUAGAAUAAUAAUGAGAGUAUUAAUGCAAAGCAUAUAAGGUUUCAAAUUAAUUAAGUGAAUAUUGAUAAGUCAUCAGAUUCCCCAUUAAGCAUAGCAUUAAAUCAUAAAAACUACUAAAAAAACAAAUUUGAAAAUAUUUAGGAAGAAGAAGAACUUUCUCUUGAUUAUGAUUAAAGACUAAAAAAACCUUUUAAAAAUGAAAAGAACGAAAAUAAAAAUGAUAAUUAAUUCAAUUAAUAAGAAGAAUAAUAUCAAGCGUCAAAUAGUUUUUAAGGCUCUUAAUUGUCAAUAAAGAAAAAAAUCUUCAAAAAAAUAACUUAAAACACAAACAAUAGGAUUAUUAGGUUAAUUAUUUUAACAGGUUUCACAUCAAUCAUUUUUUUAUAAGCUAUCACUUUAACUUUCUAUUUUAUCAAUUUAAGUAGCUUAAGUUAAAUUACUAAUUUAUUUAACAAAUUUAACUAUGCUACUUUAAUCAAAGAGUCUGUUUCUCAAUUCUUCAAAGAAUAAGGUUUUUCCAAUAAUGCUUUUGUAUUUUAGAAUAUUUUGAAUUUAGAUCGUGUUAUAAUUAAUCCCCUUGAUACUUCAAAUAACAUAACUGAACUUUCUUACUUACAAAGUAUUAGUAAUUACCACUCAAAAAGGGCAGUUAUGCAAUACAGCUAAAACAUCAAUAAAAUCUUUUAAUCUAAAGAUGAGGAAUUCUUUUAGUAUAUCUCAUAAACUGAAAUAUAAACAACCAGUGAUUUUUAUGAUUAGACAAUAUUUACUAGAUAAGUUUCUAACAAUACAAUUUUAUACUCCAUGCUGCUAAUAUAAUCAUGCUUGAACUAGCUUUACUUGUAAGGUAAUAAUCAAGAAUAUACCCCUGAAUCAGUUAUUUUUACGAAUUUCUAACUAUUUAAUGUCUCUAUUUAAAAAAUUUAAACAAUGAUAAAUGAUCAAUUAAUAAAACUCUACAUCAAAUUCAAAUAAACUUAAUUAUAUUAGUUAAUUUAGACUUUGGUUUCUGCAACUUGCUUAAUAAUAAUAGCUGUUCCUUUCAUGUUUUACUUCAAAUCUUAAUAAUACUAAAUUCUCAAGCUUUUAGGAACAUUUCCUCCUAAGCUACUCUAGAACUAUAUCAAUUUAUUUAACAUCUAUUUGAAUCAUUUAGAUGAAUUUCAAAAAACACAAACUGAAAAUAAAAAUCAAGACAAUUUUAAUUUAAUGUAGUCAUUGAAAUCAAUAAGUUCUUAACAGCUUAUUACAGCUGUGGCUGAUUCUUAAAAGAGCUAAAAAUAAAAAAGAAAAAAAGAAAAUAGUUAAAAUCAAACAAUUACUAAAAAUUCAAAUAAAAAUGAUGCUUCGAAUAACUAAAUAAAAUUUCCUUAAAGGCAAAGAUAAAUAGCUUCUUUUAGUUAGCCUAAACCUUUUAGAACCAAAUAUGUUUUACUUUCAUUAUUAGCUAUCAGUCCCUUUAUGGUUUAUCCUACUUUUAAUCUAAUUAGCAUAAAUUAAUUUGUAGAAGAAUCGAGUAUUUCAUUAAAAUAAAGAGAAAUUCUACUAAGCUCAUCCUAGCAUAUUUUAAGUUUCGAGGUUGUUCAUUAUAAGAUAUGGGAAAUGGCAUUUUAUGGGCCUAUUUUGAAAUAAAAUUUUUUUUUCGUUUUUGGAAAAUAUCUGACAAAGUUCACACCCAUGGAUAGCAAUGUUAGACAUUAUUGA